UGCCGUAGUGGGGCCCUCGCUCAGCUGUUGCGGGGCGGGGCUGCUGCUGACCAUGGCGGGCGAGCUUGAGAGCUCCAAAGCCCUGAGUGGGUUGCUGAACGGCCUGGCCCAGGAAGCUUUCUAUGGGCACCAAGGCAUCACAGAGGAGCUGCUGCGGAGCCAGCUCUAUCCCGAGGUGUCACUCGAGGAGUUCCGCCCCUUUCUGGCGAAGAUGAGGGGGAUUCUUAAGGGUCUGUUUGUCCUUACAAAUAGAUUAGAGUCAAUUGCAUCUGCAGACAUGGAUUUCAACCAGCUGGAGGCAUUCUUGACUGCUCAAACCAAAAAGCAAGGUGGGAUCUCAUCUGACCAAGCUGCUGUCAUUUCCAAAUUCUGGAAAAGCCACAAGAUAAAAAUUCGAGAGAGUCUCAUGAACCAGAGCCGUUGGGACAGUGGGCUUCGGGGCCUGAGUUGGAGAGUUGACGGCAAAUCGCAGUCAAGGCAUUCAGCUCAGAUACAUACCCCUGUUGCCAUAAUGGAACUGGAAAUAGGGAAAAGUGGACAGAUUGGACCAGAAGUAUAUCAAAGCCCAUAAAAUCCAUUGCAUCAUCUGAUGAAGUCUUUUGCUGGAUAUAGCUGAAAAGAUCUGGAUCAGAUAGAUAAGAUCUGUCUUCACUUCCAUAGUUCUUCCACGUACCUUAACUCUGGCUUGGUUUCUUCCUAGUUAAUAGGACUGCUCUAAGGAUCAGAUGAGGUCAUUCAUACAAAAGGGCUUUCUAAACUGUAAAGCACUGUGUUAGUGUGAGGGAUGAUUGUUGUAUAUGAACAAAGGCCCCAGCAACCUAAGUGAUGUCAGAAUGCAACCCUAGGUAAUAAAGAUGCAAUCUCCUCUCUUCCUGCCA